UCACCCUCCACCACUAUCACUCUCUUUCUCUACACAAAUUUUCAUUCUUGGUCUACAUUUGACAACAAAAAUUAUUAUUAAUUCAUUCAAUUUGACUUAUUUUCUGUCACAUUACAACUGGCAUUAGGAAUAUAUCUCAGUUAAGUCACAUUUAAUUUUUCUACUUAGAUGGUUUGAAUGACUUCAACAAAUGACAUGAUAUGCUUCCAUGGCUCCACUUAAUUCAUAUCACCAUAUCUUGUUAAUUUUUAUCAUGUUCAUACUUCACCUUCUGCUGUCUCCAGUUUCUUGCUUCAAUCAAGCACAAGCUGCAAUUCCUCCAAGGGAUUUAUUAUUUGAGGAGAAAAACAGGUUAGGUUCAGCUCCACCAACAUGUCACAACAAAUGUAACCAAUGUCAUCCAUGCAUGGCAGUGCAAGUUCCAAACCAUGAACAUGUUCAACCUGGUCAUACUGUCUCAACUUCUGACAUGAAAGGUGGUUUCUUUCUUCAAGAUAGUAAUAACAGGUACUCAAAUUAUAAGCCAUUGAGUUGGAAAUGCCAUUGUGGUGGCCACUUCUUCAACCCUUAGAAAUUCCAUUGUAGUAGUAGUAGUAGUAUCUUAUCUUUGAUGAAUGAAGAUGAAAAUUAUUGUAAAAUUGAAAAUGGCCAUUUUUUUUUGUUUUUAAUUAUUUAUUGGACUAAAUUAUUGCAUCAGCAUUGAUUUGUAUACAUUGGAGUUUGAUACACUUGUACAAAGUUUGUUACG